AUGUUACCACCUGUGAAGAAGGACCGGGUCAUUUCUCACCUUCCACAUUGUUUCAGUACAAAUGCAGCGCUGCACACCAAAGAUGGCUUCCACCCUCAGGUGAAGGCUGCCUGCCAGGUUCAGAGGACGGACUCAGUGAGCUUUAAUCUUGCCAAGGUCAUCGUAGUGGGAGAUGUUGCAGUUGGGAAAACGUGUCUGAUCAGCAGGUUUCGUAAGGGUGCGUUUGAUAAGAACUACAAAGCAACUAUAGGGGUGGAUUUUGAGAUGGAGCGCUUCGAGGUGCUCGGUGUUCCCUUCAGUCUACAGCUGUGGGACACAGCGGGUCAGGAGCGCUUUAAAUGCAUCGCUUCAACAUAUUACAGAGGAGCACAAGCCAUUAUAGUGGUGUUUGACUUGAGCAGUGUCAGCUCUUUAGCACAUGCCAGGCAGUGGCUGGAGGACGCCAUGAAGGAAAAUGACCCCUCCAGUGUUUUACUGUUCCUUGUCGGCACCAAGAAGGACCUUAGUUCUCCUGAACAGUUGUCUCAGAUUGAGCAGGAAGCCAUCAGACUCUCUGAGGAAAUCAAAGCCGAGUACUGGGCUGUGUCUGCCAAGUCAGGAGAUGGUGUCAUGAAUUUCUUCUUCCGUGUGGCCUCUCUGACUUUCGAGGCUAACGUGUUGUCUGAGCUCGAGAAAAGUGGUGCGAGAAACGACGGUGACAUUAUCAGACUCACAGACGGCACAGAGGCCGAUCGGACACCAACCAAGAGGAAAUCCAACUGCUGCUGAUCAGAAAAUGGCCGCCUGGAUACACUGUACUGAGCACACAGCAACACAUGACGGCACAGAGGAGGGGGAAAUCAGACUGAAAUAUGGACUCACCAUGCACACUGUGGAUAUAAUGAACAGACCGCCUUAUAUAAAGUGAUGAAAUAACUAAAACGUGUAUUUGUGUUGCUCUCAGAUGGCCUGAGAGGAGGUUGUAUAUAAUGAUUUCUAAGUUAAGACAACAAGAAGUCCUCUCAGGAAUGUUUGUACUGCUGGAUGGAGUUACACAUUUGAAAGCUUUGUAAUAUGCUUGUUGAAGAUUACUCUUCUUUUGUUUAACUGCACUUGCUUUUAUAAACACGUGUCUCCUUACCAGGCCACAUGUUUUUUGGAGAGAAUGUCAGUGCCAGACUCGAGUGCAUUUAUUUUGUUUCCUCGCCGUCAUGUGUCUGUGUUGCUAAUGUGAAGCCUGCGCCAGCACACAUGACCGCAGUCAUACCCACAACGCAUCUCUCUCCUCUGACAUAAGGGUUCUCAUGAUCUUGAAAAUGGAGGGAUUGUUUUCAUAAAUGCAAGCAAACAGGAAGUUGCAUCUGAAGAUAAUUGAUUUGCUCGCUCAGUUUUGUCAGACUGCAUUUGUUCUUAUCUGGAAACAGACAGUCUU